UUGUGUGUUCCUUCACUUUUCGAAUAAUAUAAACAAACAAGUGGAUGUUAAAAUGUUUGGUGCAACGUAAUUUCCGGCGUGAUAUUCGCCAAUAAAAAAGUAGUCUCCAUAUCCGAAACAAAUACGACGAAGCGGUAAAAAGCGGAAUUAAAAUCGAGACCAGCCAUGGUGAAGAUCCUGCAGGCCUACAACUUUGCCCGCCAGCAGACGUAUGCCCUGAACGGCGACAUCCUGGCGGCCAGUCUGGUUGGCAACAACCGAAUAGCCAUCAGCAGUGCGGAGCAGUUCAUCGAGAUCUAUGACAUUGCGGGAAAGCAGGAAGAUGCCAGUGGAACGUGUCAGCAGGAGGAGGGUCUACCAAGUGAAGGGGCUGGAGAGCCUGCCCCGGCCUCAGGCGAUGAACGAACGCCGAACAGGAAUACUCUGGCCACUGUUGGAGAGGUGGUCCAAAUGAUAUACUGCGAAACGGGCAAGUACCUGCUCACCCUGGAGAAGGAGCAAGCGGGCAGUCCCGUUCACUCCUCCUCCACCAUCAGCUGCACCUCAAGCAGCAACAGCAACACCGUCUGCUCCGAGGACGACACAAAAAUGUUCGUGCGAAUCUACGCCAACUUCUGGAAGUUCCCGGACAGCCGGCUCAACGAGCUGCCCAUCACUAUCCGAAUAGCCUCGAUGACCACGCCCAAGACGCCGCUGGUCGAGAGCAUUGAUGUGAUCGAGUUGCCUCUGCGCAGUCCGCCGGAGCUGGUGCAGUGCUGUCAGACAUCGGGAAACAUUAUCGUGAGCAGCCGGGACAGGAUCUAUCUGUACGAGUACACCCAGUGCGUCCACGAGAACACCCAGCCACGGUUCGCCUUCAUUGACUUCCUGCCCUUUAAGUUCUUCGUGCAGCUAAACUUCGUCCCUGUGCGUCUGUGCCUGGCGGAGAACGUGAUUGCCUGCCUUAGCCAUCGGUACUGCGUGGCUUUCAAGGUGGUGGAUGCCUUGGCCAGCCGGGCAAGUGCUGGACAGGAUGUGAGCUGCUUAGACAAUGAUUAUGGUGGCGGAGAUGAGCCCCUCUCAGAGUCUCUGAGUCUGGGCAGCAAGGCCAGUGCCAGCGGAGGAGGCGGUGGCGUGGUGAGUACCAGUCACAGUCAGCAGAGCUGUGAGAGCGACUCCCUCCAAUCGACGAGCAGUGGUAAGCCGCCCUUGGCUAUCAAUGGAGCCCUGCCUGGACGAUCCCCGCUGGAUUUCAACGUGGCCAAGCUGGUGAACAAUGCCUACGGGCGGGAAUUCGAGCCAGAGUUGCGCUCCCAAUGGGACGAGACAGAGAACGGCGGUGGAAGGGGACAGGAGGAUAACCAGGAGAUCACCAAGCCCCAGAGAGCUUCGGAUAUUAAAAUCAAGCUGGUCAACGAGGCUAAGGCCAUGAAUGUAAGAGGCAUCGCCGGCGGCAGCCAUCUGGAGGAUGCGUCGGUGCAGUACGAUGUGCGGAAGCUGCUCCAGAUCUGCAUGAGGACCUCAGAGGCUCAGCCGCGUGUAUUAGAUAUUCUGCGCUGCAUGGACCUCAGGGCCAUUUACCAGCGCAGCAGCCAGGACGCCGACAAUGAGGACGAUGAGUACGACAUGGGUAACCAACAGGUACCCAGUGCAGUGACCACUUUCAAGCACGUAAACCGCCGCACGCUCAAGUCCUCGCAGCAUCAGAGGUGCGUGGGCCAUGCCCUACUGGUCGCCAGCAGCGUAGACGGCUAUCUGUACCAGUUCUCUGCUCAGGGCAAGUGGUACAGCGAGAACGAGAAGCCGGUGGCAAGCUACAGCUUCACGGCUCCCGUGAUUCAGGUGCACAUUAAUGACUAUGUGGUGUACGCGGUGACCUCCGAGUCGGUGGAGACGCAUACUUCGCGCAUCGGCCACAAGCUAUUUCACAAUCGUUUUGAGUAUCCCACAAUCGGCGGUCUAUUUCCCGAGGAAUCCGCCCCGGACGUCAGUUCGCCCAUCGCCGUCAUCGGUCUGGCUGCCUUUAUGCAUGUUCAAUUCGUCUGUGUGAACCGGGAGCAGCUGGUGCUCAUCACCAAUGCAGCUCUGGAGCUGCACAAGCGACGCAGCAUGGGCGAGGUGCCUGGCAGCCAAGUGGUGACAGUCAAGCGGAACAUUGCGGCCCGCCUCCUGGCUGAGGCGAAGGCCAAGCACAGCAGCCUGCUGAGGAGCAGCAGUGCUGCCCAAUCUGCGACGGUGCCCAACGAGUGGACGCUGUACAACCUGGAGGUGCCCCGCGUGGAGUGCGUCAUCGAUGACCUCGAGGGCAUAGCGGAGUCGUAUCGCAGUGCGAGUAGCUCCAACUUUUACGAUCUCAUGGAGGAGGCGCACGUCAUGCUGCGUUUGAGUCUGACGCUGCAGGGCGAGCGCUUGGGGACAGAGCGGGAACAGUUGCUCCGUCAAAUGUUCGUUGCAAACUGCAGAAAGCUUGCGGAUUUUUCAAUAAGAUCUAGCAAACAGGAGGUGUACCUCCAGGCCACUGGUUUCUACAAAAUGUGCCAGUUGCAGUUGGUGGACAUCUUCAACCAUUACGUGGAGCAGUAUAUGGACAGCGGAGAUAAUGUGUUGGAUACCUCUCAGCUGGCGGGAUUGAUUUACACUGUGAAGCUGUUUCUACUUGGCCUGGGAACGGACCGUCUGCGGUCCGCCUUUCUCAACCAGACAGUGCGUCCCUGCUUCACACCCGCUCGGGUGAUCCAGCAGGGCUACAAGCAGGUGCCGCUCUCCCUAGAGUUUCUCAAUAUGUUCAUCAAGCACGCUCCCGCCGACAUACCGCAGAUCAUGCUAAGUUCGCCAGUCGUAGCGGACACCAUGAGCGGGGAGCUGAUCAACUAUCUGAAGUACUUGAACAAGCUUUCCCCCGAUGAGUCGCUUUUGCUUGCCGUGACUGCCUGCCGCAUGUCGAACUACCUGCUGGCCCAGGAAAUCAUUGCCAAGUCGAGCAGACGCAGCCUAGCCACUGCCCUGAUCCGACACAAGAACGUUCUCUUUGACGACAGUACUGUGAUCUAUCAGCGACGUCAGAAUCUGCUGCAGGCCGACUCGCCCCAGGCAUCCAGUUUGCGAGGCAAGAAGUCCAGACGGGGAGUAAGCGGUGGGAAGAAUAAGCCCGCUACAUUGGGCACACCCACUCCGAGUGCUAUCGUCUCCUUUUCGGACUUCUGCGAGACUAUUCUGCUGGCUAAUGAGCAGCCCGCCCUGAUAGAGGCCAUCAGUGAUGCCUUCAUUCACGCCCUGUGUAUCGAGCACAGUCUGACGCUGGACGUGCUGCUGCAGCUGUUCCUUAACUACAUCGCCUCGCACAUCGGUCAGAAGGGUUACCAGACCUCGCAGAAAGUGUUCGUGAACAUCCUGCAGGUGUACUACUAUGAUCUCUACGACGUGAGCUCCUCGCUGCAGCCUCACGAGAUCCGCUCACAGACGCCGCCGCAGCUGGACGACGACUACGAUGAGGAGUGCAGCAGUUCGCGUGCGCCCUCGCUGCACAGCGAGGCAGAUGCCCAGUCGUUGUCCAGCUCUUGUGCCAGUUCGGCUCACGAGGAUCGUUCGGUGAGUCUGUCGGUCAGCGGCAGGCAGCAGCGCAUUGUCUACGAUCAGCUGCAGGAACAGCAGUCGUCGUCACCUUUCCAGAAGCGGAACUCAAACACGUCGCUCUCGCAGCCGCAGGCCGAGGACGACUUGGCGGCCACGAAUCUCAAGGGUCUCAAGAUCCUAUUUCGCAUGUAUAUGGGGCGGUUGAAGGCCCUCAGUGAUCUCAUUACUGAUCUCCAGUCGGCGGAUGUGGAGCAGGAGUCGAGCCGGGAGGAUUUUAUGAACCUGCGCAUGGAGUGCAUCUCCUAUAUGGUUGGCAUGGCUCCCAACUAUACCGCCAAGCCGAUCGUAAAGAAUCCCAACGACCCGCUGGCCGGUAAGCUUAUCUAUGUACCCUUUAUGCCUGACUACAAGCUGCCGGAGGGAGAGGAGUAUGAGCGCCACAUCAAGAGCUACAUACGGCCCAUACCCUGUCUGCUGGAGCGACCGCAGUACCUGAACCGGCUGCCGCCCUUCGAGCGCAGCGACUUCAGCUAUCCGAACAAGGAUGAUGGGGAGUUCGAAGUGCGUUUCUUGAGCUGGAGCAAUGAGCUGCUGACGCUGACCCUAAAGAUCCAGAGUUUGCUGGCCUCGGCCAAGGUGGAUCGCGAGAUCAUCUCCGAGUUCCUGGCCUUCAUACAGAAGACUCCGCACUUGAUAGGCAUCGACAGCUUCCUGGUGAUCGUUCUGCCCAAGAACUUGGCCAUCAACUAUCUGCUUAGCUUCUGUCCCGCUUACUUAUGGCAGUACGGAAAGUCCUGCGGCUUCACUCCCAAGCACUGGGAAAGUCUCCUGCGGAAGAUACUCAGCAAGCAGGAGGCACUGCCCAAUUGGAAGGCACAUAUUACGGAGAUUCUUAACAAUCUGGUGGCCGAGCUUAGCUUCGAGGAGCUACUGCAGUGCUUCCCCAGCGAGGUGAUUCAGAAUCGGAACACUGCCCAAUAUUUCGCCAAGGAAUUCGCCGAGACCUGCGUCCUCUACGAGCACGAGGAGCUCGUCUUCAAGACGCCCGAUCGGAAGGAGGGUGAGAGGGAGCACAUGCCCAUGGACAACAUAGACGAGGAUAAUGUCUUCGAGUUGACAUUGCGUAAGGCGGUGGCCAAGCAGCGAAGCAUCGCCCUAAGGUCUAUGAUCGAGGCGACGGGCACACAGUUGUUCGACGCCACCAGUAAUCCCAUGUACAACCUGUAGGCAUUCCACUUUGAACUAGUUCAAAACUAAAUUAUCACAUUGCGAAUCGAUAAGAUUGAUUGGAUAUUAACCAAGGUAGGCAGUUAUGGAACACAGAACUCCACGUAGCGGGCACUGUAUUGUAUUUACGAUAUGUAUUUUGUAGCUUUAGGAAACACCACACCCUCAACAUUAUUUAUUGACAUUUUAGUUUGACACAAACGCAACAUUCGGUUACUGGGUGGGAUGAUUUAUAGAACGGGAUGACAGUGAAACCCCCUUCCGGGCUUUAGGUUGUAAAAAUAACUCGCUCGCCGCGCUUCUAGGCGGUAUUGGCCAUAUUAAACCAGUUGAGAGAUCGGGGAGAGAUCUUCUCCCGCAAUCCUAGUUUCCUUUGAACUAAGCUUUAAUACCCUUAAAGUAUUUAUUCAUCAGUUUACUCUUAUCUCUGUACUCACCAACACUCUCUUCUUACGCGAAUAUACACCAAGAUAAAGUGAUAUUUUUAAUUCUUGCAUUGAAUCUGAACAAUAAAAGCAUAAACAUAUUACA